AUGGCGAAGACAGACCGCAAGACGCCGGUCGAGGGCGCUCCGAUUCCAUUACCCAGUUCUGCAAGUGAUAAUGGUACUUCGUCUUUGAGAAAUACAAACCAUGCGUUGGUGAUUACAUGGAGUUCUUUCGUUGUCACGAUCCCCAUCCUCGCACUCACGGUGGCAUUCCUGGUGCUAGUAUUCAAGUAUCGUGUGAGCCAUGGAGAUGCUCCUUUUGAGAGUCUCCGCAUGUCCACGGAGAGUGACGAAGCAAGCGCACUUUAUGUUAACAUGAACUCGAGUGUCCUGCUGUUCUUAGCUUCCUGGGCUAGCUCUGUCGCUACGAUGCUGUCCGGGUUCAUGUUAACCCUCGCCUCGUUUCCCAUAGCACGGCGUUUCUUCCAAGAUGUCCAGCGUUCUCGUGUGAAUCGCUUGCCGACCCCAUACCAAUUGGCACUGACGUUGAAGUUCCUGGAUGGAAGCACUCUCGCUGCGAUUUGGGGGUGGGUCGUGUAUCUCGUUUCGUGGAGAAAGACGCGUGCGCCGCUGACACCCCCCUUGACCACCGCUUCAUCGGUUGCGGUACUUGUGACACUGCUUGGGUUGCUGGUCGCCCUAGGAGACACCUGGCUGCAUCUUACCACCACCACCGUGGAAUUCACUCAAGUCAAGCCGGUCAGCAACCAGACGGACUAUGGUUUUGGACUCAUACCUGAAUGUCUUACGAGCAACAACUCAGUGGCAGCGCAGAGCGGAGAGCAAAUCUUAUGUAGCGUUUCCCUAGCAGUUACAGGCAGCUUCCUGAGAAACGGAACGGUCUCUCUAGGGGUUCUGAACGACAUGUCCGACCAGGCGACUGUCUCGACAUAUACCGACCCACAGGCAAACAAGUACGCCUACUUGCAAGCCCCGGGAGGGGCAUCACUGUCCAACCGGGAUUAUACGGCGACGACCUACGGAGCGAGGACGCAAUGCGAACUGAUAUCGACCAAGUGUAAAUUAAAAAACAACGCAGCGAUCGUCACUUACAACUGCUCCAGUGACUUCGCCGGCAGCUUUACUCAAACUGGCCUGAAAACGGCAUUCUUCACCAACGCCAGCAUGGCCGAAGAUAUGAGCCAGAGUAUGUACAACACGGGGGUGGGCAACCCAUACUACUUUGCGGCGGGCGAUAUCAUGAGUCUGGCCGGUGGAGAAGCGCCGAACUCCACCGAGUUUCUCAAGAGCCUUCACGGCCCAUAUGCAUUCAUCCUGGGCUGCAACACGACCAUCUACGACAUUGAGUACGAUCGGGUGAACAACACGGUAACCCGGUUUGUCCCAACGAUCAGCAACACGUCUACGAGCAACGUCUGGCAGACGAGCAUCUCUCACCUUACCAACUGGUAUCCUACGAUCGAACAGACGGCGGGAGCAGCCAUCUUGAGUGGUUCUGCCCAGGUGUUUGUGGACAACAUUGCCGAGUCAUUUAGCAAAGUCACCAUCGCCCUGGGGGCCGACACGGUCGAUCCACGACCAGCAAUAGCGGCACAGGAUCGAGAGUCAUUCCUCGUGGCGCGCCUCCCGAAGGCUCCUUUCAUCACGUUGGUCGUCGUCAGUUUCUUGUAUGUACUCUGUGGCCUGACUUUCGCUGUGCUCGCCCUGGUAGCUGUCCGACAUAAAAUACCUGAUAUCCAAGCCCGGAUGAGCAUCGCUGGUCUGGUUGCAGAUCGAUUUGGGGAUCCCUCUUCCUGGGAUAAGAAUACAAGCAUGGACCAGAUGUUCGAAGAGCAUUCUGGGAAGUCGGAGAAACGGGUUGCUAUUGAGUCGCCGGAUCUUGAUGGGGCGCAUCGAUUCACAACCCGGACGCUGGAAUCGACUGUUGUUCACUGA